CUGGCAAACACCGGCGGCAGUGUGGCAACAGAUGACAUGAAGGCGGCUGUUGAUCAGAAUGGGAAUGGUGAUGCAGUUUUUAAUGUUAAAAAUUAUGGAGCAAAAGCUGAUGGAAAGACCGAUGAUGCACAGGCAUUCAUGACGACGUGGAUUGCAGCAUGCCGGAACACGUCCGGUCCGGCGAAGUUUUUAAUCCCAGAAGGCACAUUUCUGGUGGGUCCGGUGGUUUUCGCCGGUCCGUGCCAAAGCAGGCCGAUCACCAUCGAAAUUCAGGGAACUGUGAAGGCCACAACCGAUAUUACUCAAUAUUCUUCAACUGAAUGGAUCUCCAUCGAAGACAUAAUCGGCUUCAUACUCACCGGCUCCGGCGUUUUUGACGGCCAAGGCGCCGCCGCGUGGCCCUACAAUGACUGCAAGACCAACAACAAGUGCCAGGCUCUUCCAAACUCGAUUAAAUUCUCGAAGGUGAACCAUUCAAUUGUUGAUGGGCUGACUUCAAUUAACAGCAAGGGCUUUCACACGACGGUGUUCAGAUGCUACAAUUUCACCGCAACCAACAUGAACAUUAUGGCUCCGGGAAACAGCCCCAAUACCGAUGGAAUGCACCUUAGCACCUCAACAUUGAUCAGCAUCUCUAACGGCGUCAUUGGCACCGGUGAUGAUUGUGUCUCUAUUGGCCAUAGUUGUGAGAAAGUCACCGUCACCAAUAUCACUUGUGGCCCUGGACAUGGCAUCAGUGUCGGUAGCUUGGGCAAGUAUAAAACAGAGAGAAGUGUGUUGGACGUUUUGGUGCAAAAUUGCACCCUUUUCAACACCACCAAUGGUGUCAGAAUCAAGACAUGGGCGGGCCUUGUGACGGGGUCGGCCAUGAGAAUAACCUUCGACAACAUUGUGAUGGAUAAAGUUAAAAACCCCAUAAUCAUUGAUCAAACCUACGGCACCAAAAAGAACAAGGCUUCGAAAUGGAAGAUCAGCGACGUUCACUUCAAGAACAUUCGCGGGACGUCGACGACGAACGUGGCAGUGUUGUUGGAGUGCAGCGAGUUGUUUCCAUGCGAGGGGGUGGAGCUUAGGGACAUAAACUUGUCUUACGGCGGCGCCAGCUUGAGGAAUACGACCACUGUUUCUUCAUGUUUGAAUGCAAAGAUCAAAACUUUUGGCGAGCAGAACCCGCCGGCUUGUGUGUAACAUUAGUGUUCAGUUUCUACGUUGGAUCCUUGGACUUUGAUGUCGUGUUUGGUCAGUGUUGACGGCCAAGCUUUCUUCAUAUAGUAUUCCAUUGUAAAAU